UCUCUAGUACUUCAUAACAAACCCUUAUCUUCAACUCCAUCUUUCCCUAUCAAAGCCUUUUCCCCCCUCUCUAACAUAUAAAUAUGUUUACAACUGACAGCUCUUCCUCCAGCACUUCAUUGCCAAAUUUAGAUGUCUCUUAUGGGACGUCCUUUUUCAACGAGGAGGGGCGGUUAGCCGAGAGUACCCCGAAGAAGCGUUCAGGGAGGAAGAAGUUCCAGGAAACUCGCCACCCGGUGUAUAGAGGUGUUAGGAAGAGAAACAAUGACAAAUGGGUGUGUGAAAUGAGGGAACCUAACAAGAAGAGUAAGAUCUGGCUAGGCACGUUUCCAACGGCCGAGAUGGCAGCCCGUGCCCACGAUGUUGCUGCUAUGGCAUUAAGGGGCCGCUAUGCAUGUCUCAAUUUUGCAGACUCGGCAUGGCGGCUUCCUAAACCUGCUACCACUGAAGCAAAAGAUAUACAAAAGGCGGCCGCAGAAGCGGCCGAAGCUUUCAGGCCAGACCAAACUUUAAUGACCAAUGACAUUGAGGCUGUAGCUGACUCCGCCACAGAGGAGCUAGGUAAGCUUUGUAUGGAAGAGAAAGAAGAAGAAGCUAUGGACAUGCCAGACAUGUGGAGGAAUAUGGCGCUAAUGUCCCCUACACAUAGCUUUGGGUAUAAUGAGUAUGAAGAUACUAAUGUACAAGAUUUUCAAGAUGAAGAUGAAGAGGUAUCACUAUGGACUUAUUAA